UCAUUUAUCAAGUUGUGAUAAAUUUUUGUCCGCAUUAUAAUAAUUAUCAAGACUGAUAACUCUAAUAAUUAAAUUAUAAUUAAUAAAAGUAUUAAAUCAUGGUUGUACUGAGUAAUUUUUUGGCACCUCAAGAAGGUGUUCGACAUGAAGAACAAAACACGACAGUUUAUAUCAACGACAGGGAGGUGGGGAAAGGUACACUUUACAUAACAGAGAGUUUACUGUCAUGGGUAAACAACACAACACAGCAGGGGUUUUCUCUAGAGUAUCCUCACAUUUCUCUCCACGCAAUCUCACGAGAUCAACAAGUUCACCCUAGACAGUGUCUUUACGUGAUGGUUGAUGCUAAAGUUGACCUUCCUGAUGUUGAAGUCGUGCAACAGAAUGAAGAUAAUUCUGGAGAUGACGACGAUAACUCAGAGACCGUGAUGACUGAAAUGAGGUUCGCACCCGACAACGUUCACAACUUGGACGCCAUGUUCCAAGCGAUGAAUGUUUGCCAGGCAUUACAUCCUGAUCCUAAUGAAAGUUUUUCUGAUGCUGAAGAAGACAUUUAUCAAGAUGCUGAAGAAGAUGAAAAGUACGGAGAUGCAUAUGAAGUUGGACAUGUCGACGCUCCUUACAUUUUACCUCCCGAGCAAAUAGGAAAUAAUCAAAACGGAAACGGAAAUGGAAACGAAAAUGGUAAUGAUGUCGAGGACAUGGACAUCGAUGCUGCUAGGUAUGAAGACGCUGAAGACGCCGACGACUCGUAAAAUAUUAAUGACUAAACUUCAAAUCGAACUGGCUAUAAUCAAUACUGCACUUUGAUAGUUUAGAUCAAUGCUACUCACAGCAGUAAUUAAUAUAUCAAAAAAAAAUUAUAAUAACAACAUGAUACAAAGAAAAAGUAUUCCACCCUAGAAUAUCACUUAAAACAUUAAUUACAUUAGUUACUGUACAAUUAAAACGUACAAUGCAUUUUUUUUCUUUUUCAAGCACUAAACUUUAUUUAUAUUCAUUUUGUACAUGGCAAUAGUGUCUCAUGAUAUGAGAACAAUAAAAUCAUUAACAUGAUAACACUGACAGUUAUUAAAUAGCAUGGCAUAAAUUCGUUUUUUAUUUUAUUAUUAUUUAAACUUAUGUUUUAUCAACAAUUACUAUUCAUUAGCAAUUAGUAAUCACAGAGUAAGAUUUUAUUUUUUCUUUAGUCUAUUUUAAUUUUUUUACUCUAAUACUUAAUUACAUUUAAGUUAUUGAUGAUAAAAAAUAAGUACAUCUUUGGGUACUAUUCGUAAAAAAUAAAAAAAAAAAUUAUACAACUAAAUAUUUUAUUAAUUAAUCAAAUUAACAUUUAUUUAAAUUAAUUUUUUUUUAUAUGAAAUAUAUUCGUAAACAAAAAAGAAAAAUAUUUUUUAAUAAUAAAUUUCUUUGAGCUCAA